AUGGCCACCCUCGGCGCACCAAGAAUUGCUGCUGCUGCUGCUGCAGCAGCACCCGGCGGUGCUGCUGCUUCCCAAAAGUCUUCCUGGCAGCACGACGAGAAGCAGCAAGAUGUGCGGCGCCAGAACAUAGCAGCAGCAAGAGCCGUCAGCGACGCCAUUCGCACCAGCUUGGGCCCCCGAGGAAUGGACAAAAUGAUUCAAGAUGCUCGGGGGGGUGUUCUUAUAACUAACGACGGCGCGACGAUCUUGGAGCAGAUUUCGGUGAUGCAUCCGGUGGCAAAAAUGAUGGUGGAGUUGUCGCGCGCGCAAGACAUGGAGGCCGGCGACGGCACUACUUCUGUGGUGGUCUUCUGCGGGGCGCUGCUGGACGCGGCGCAGCAGCUGCUGGACAAGGGGCUUCACCCGCAGACAAUUGCUGCAGCGUUUGCAGAGGCUGCGGCGCAGGCGGAGCCGAUUCUGCGGGCCAUGGCUGUUCCUGUGAAUCUUGAAGAUCGCGAAAGUAUAAUUCAAACAGCUUCGACUUCACUGCAGUCGAAAGUUGUUUCGCAGAACGCGGCGCUGCUGGCGCCCAUAGCCUGCGACGCGGUCACCGAGGUGAUGCGGCGGGACACGGGGCAAGGCUGCCAAGUGCGGCUGCAGGACAUUCGAGUCGUCAAGAAGUUGGGGGGAACUGUAGAAGACUCGGAAAUGGUGAAAGGCGUUGUGUUGGUGCAGCAGAAAGUGGCGAAGAGAGCAAACGGCCCCACGCGGGUGCAGGGCGCGAAGAUCGGUCUUAUUCAGUUUUGCCUUUCUGCACCCAAGACCGACAUGGAAAACAACAUUGUAAUAACAGAUUAUUCGCAAAUGGACAGAAUGUUGAGGGAAGAAAGACUUUUGAUUGCCAAAAUGGUCAAACACAUCGCAGCCACUGGCUGCAACUGCCUGCUCAUUCAAAAGAGCAUUCUGCGAGAUGCUGUUAAUGACUUGUCUCUUGACUACCUGGCGAAAGCAAAAAUACUUGUUAUUCGAGAUAUUGAAAGAGAUGAUAUUGAAUUCCUCUCUAAGACCCUCGGCUGUUCGCCGGUGGCCUCUCUGGACCACUUCACUGCAGAUAAACUGGGGCGGGCGGAUCUCGUUGAAGAUGAAUUGGUACCCGGAGGAGGCCACAUCGUGCGCAUGACAGGAGUUCCUUCCCAAACGGCAGUGACAGUUUUGUUGCGCGCUUCCAACCAGUUGAUGCUAGACGAGACCGAAAGGUCUUUGCACGACGCGCUGUGCGUGGUUCGCUGUUUGGUGAAGAAGCAGUUCCUGCUUCCUGGGGGAGGCGCGCCAGAGGCGGAGUUGUCUUUGAGGCUGCAUGAGUGGGCCUGCACUCUCCCCGGUCUUAACCAAAUGUGCGUAAAGCGCUUUGCGGAGGCCCUCGAGGUGGUGCCGUACACUUUGGCUGAGAACGCAGGUUUGCAGCCCCUGGAAGUGGUGUCUGAGCUGCGCCACCAACACGCCAUGGGCAAGACGAGCAGCGGCAUUGACAUUCGGCAGGGCUGCGUGACGGAUAUGCUGCAGCGGCAGGUGCUGCAGCCGCUGCUGGUGACGCUGAGCGCAGUGCAGCUGGCUGCGGAGGCUGUUGCGAUGAUUCUCAAAAUAGACGACAUUGUCAUGUGCAGAUAG